AUGGGCCCCCCCGGCGUGCUGCCCGCCCUGGCCUGGCUGCUGGCGGGGCUGAGCGUGCCGGCGCCGAGCCGGGCCCAGCUGCACGGCGAGAAGGGCAUCUCCAUCCCCGACCACGGCUUCUGCCAGCCCAUCUCCAUCCCGCUCUGCACCGACAUCGCCUACAACCAGACCAUCAUGCCCAACCUGCUGGGUCACACCAACCAGGAGGACGCGGGGCUGGAGGUCCAUCAGUUCUACCCGCUGGUGAAGGUGCAGUGCUCGCUGGAGCUGAAGUUCUUCCUGUGCUCCAUGUACGCGCCGGUGUGCACGGUGCUGGAGCAGGCCAUCCCGCCGUGCCGCUCCAUCUGCGAGCGGGCGCGCCAGGGCUGCGAGGCCCUCAUGAACAAAUUCGGCUUCCAGUGGCCGGAGCGGCUGCGGUGCGAGAACUUCCCCCGGCACGGCGCCGAGCAGAUCUGCGUGGGGCAGAACCACUCGGAGGACGGCGGCUCCCCGGCGCUGCUGACCAGCGCCACGCCGCUGGCCGGCCAGGGCACCCCCGGCGCCCCCCGCUACGCCACCCUGGACCACCCCUUCCACUGCCCACGGGCGCUGAAGGUGCCCAGCUACCUCAACUACAAGUUCCUGGGGGAGAAGGACUGCGCGGCGCCCUGCGAGCCCACCCGGCCCGACGGCCACAUGUUCUUCAAUGAGGACGAGAUCCGCUUCGCCCGCAUCUGGAUCCUCAUCUGGUCUGUCCUGUGCUGCGCCUCCACCUUCUUCACCGUCACCACCUACCUGGUGGACAUGCAGCGCUUCCGCUACCCCGAGCGACCCAUCAUCUUCCUCUCGGGGUGCUACACCAUGGUGUCGGUGGCCUACAUCGCCGGCUUCGUGCUGGAGGAGAGGGUGGUGUGCAACGAGCGCUUCCAGGAGGACGGCUACCGCACCGUGGUGCAGGGCACCAAGAAGGAGGGCUGCACCAUCCUCUUCAUGAUGCUCUACUUCUUCAGCAUGGCCAGCUCCAUCUGGUGGGUCAUCCUCUCCCUCACCUGGUUCCUGGCCGCCGGCAUGAAAUGGGGCCACGAGGCCAUCGAGGCCAACUCCCAGUACUUCCACUUGGCCGCCUGGGCAGUGCCGGCGGUCAAGACCAUCACCAUCCUGGCCAUGGGGCAGAUCGACGGCGACCUGCUGAGCGGCGUCUGCUUCGUGGGCCUCAACAACAUCGACCCUCUGCGAGGCUUCGUGCUGGCGCCGCUCUUCGUCUACCUCUUCAUCGGCACCUCCUUCCUCCUGGCCGGCUUCGUCUCCCUCUUCCGCAUCCGCACCAUCAUGAAGCACGGCGGCACCAAGACGGAGAAGCUGGAGCGGCUCAUGGUUCGCAUCGGCGUUUUCAGCGUCCUCUACACCGUGCCGGCCACCAUCGUCAUCGCCUGCUACUUCUACGAGCAGGCCUUCCGCGAGCACUGGGAGCGCAGCUGGAUCAGCCAGAACUGCAAGAGCUUGGCCAUCCCCUGCCCGCUGCACUUCACCCCCCGCAUGACCCCCGACUUCACCGUCUACAUGAUCAAGUAUCUCAUGACUCUGAUCGUGGGCAUCACCUCGGGGUUCUGGAUAUGGUCUGGCAAAACCCUGCACUCCUGGAGGAAGUUCUACACUCGGCUCACCAACAGCAAGCAGGGCGAGACCACGGUGUGA